AUGAGUAACACGGACUUUUUGGGGCGCGCGAUUGACACCGUCAAGAAGGCGAUCGAGAAUGACAACGAGGGCGAAUACGAGAAGGCUUAUCAGCUCUACUACUCCGCGUUGGAGUUGUUCAUGCUGGCGCUCAAAUGGGAGAAAAACCCCCGGUCCAAGGAGAUGAUUCGUGCCAAAACUGGCGAGUACAUGGACCGCGCAGAGAAGCUGAAGAACCACUUGGCUUCAGCAGAUAAAAAGAAACCCAGCGCGGUGGGCGCGAAUGGAAAGGUCGCGCAAGGAAGUGGGAAAGGAGGAAGCCAAGACGAAGACAACGGCGAAGAUGCGGAAGCCAAAAAGCUCCGGUCGGCUCUUCAGGGAGCUAUCCUGUCUGACAAGCCGAAUGUCAAGUGGGAGGAUGUUGCUGGUUUGGAGGGUGCAAAGGAAGCUCUGAAAGAGGCGGUCAUUCUUCCCAUCAAGUUUCCGCACCUGUUUACUGGCAAGCGGCAACCUUGGAAGGGCAUUCUGCUCUACGGUCCUCCCGGUACUGGAAAGUCCUAUCUUGCCAAGGCCGUUGCAACCGAGGCGAACAGCACCUUUUUUAGCGUCAGCAGUAGUGACCUGGUGUCUAAGUGGAUGGGUGAGAGUGAAAGACUGGUGAAGCAACUCUUCAACAUGGCCCGUGAGAACAAGCCGGCGAUCAUUUUCAUUGAUGAAGUUGAUGCUCUGUGUGGGCCGCGUGGAGAAGGCGAAUCCGAGGCGUCACGACGUAUCAAAACGGAAUUGCUCGUUCAAAUGGACGGUGUGGGAAAGGAUUCCAAGGGCGUUUUGAUUCUGGGCGCGACCAACAUUCCCUGGCAGCUGGAUGCUGCCAUUAGGCGACGAUUCCAACGAAGAGUUCACAUCAGUCUGCCUGAUAUCAACGCACGGAUGAAGAUGUUCAUGCUGGCCGUGGGCUCGACACCAUGUCAAUUGACUCAGGCGGAUUACCGGUCACUGGCCGAGAUGAGUGAUGGCUACUCUGGUAGCGAUAUCAGCAUUGCCGUGCAAGAUGCACUGAUGCAGCCAAUUCGCAAGAUCCAAACAGCGACACAUUAUAAGAAGGUUACCGUUGAUGGUGCCGAGAAGUUUACCCCUUGCUCACCAGGCGAUGCCGGCGCAACUGAAAUGACUUGGCUCAGUAUUGAAGCAGAGCAGCUCCUGGAACCCCCACUUGUUCUGAAGGACUUUAUCAAGGCGGUUCGGAAUUCGAGGCCUACUGUCAGCCAGGAAGAUCUUCAAAGGAACUCAGAGUGGACCCAGGAGUUUGGCAGUGAAGGAGCCUGA